AUGGCAAGGAGGUGGCCCUUCCUCUCCCUAUCCCCCUCCUGCUCCCUCCACUCCCAUUCCCACCACUCCCCCUCCUCACUCUCCCACUCCUCCCCCUCCCUCUCCCCCCAAGCCCAAGAAGGUGUAAUCCUGGUCAAAUCUGGAGCACCGCAAGAUAAUCUUGGCAAAGGCCCAUGUGAAACAUGCUGGGGAAGAUUGCACAAGCAAUUCUUUAUGCCCCAAUUGCUUGUGAACAACCCACCACCUGAAGUCCUCACUGAUCCAUCCAUCCUCUCCUCAUCAACCACUGCCAACUCGACCUGUGCUGGCCACCGAUGGUGGAUAGCUAUCCCUUUCUCUUCCAAACUAAUAAAAGACUUUAAAAUGGUCCUCAUCAUCCCUGAGCUCAUCAUCUCCACCUCUGACCUCAUCUCUGGUGUUUGCAUGGCCCUUGUCAUCACCAUCCUCCCCUGGGCCUUCUUUGCUGGACAUGGAAGGAUUCGGGGCAGCAUUGUCUAUGCUGCCAAUGCUCUUUGGAUGCUGAUUAAGAUCAUCUGGGUGUUGUGCUCUAUGGAGGCCAUGAUCAAAUUUGUUGCUGGCCUCCUAGAGCUUUUUGGCAAACUUCAGCUCUUCCUGGAGGCACUGGGGAAGAGUCUGGAGCAGCUGAGGAUCAUGCAGGAGAGGAUGAGGGCUUUGGGGGAGCAGGGAGGGGUAGGAGGAGCAGGAGGAGUGGGCCAGUAA